GAGAUUCCGAAGCUUUGACUUUGCUGAAGGGAAAAAUGAGGCCUGUUUUCUGUGGGAACCUGGAUUUCGACGCGCGUCAAUCUGAUGUGGAGAGGCUCUUCAGAAGAUACGGGAAAGUCGAUAGAGUCGACAUGAAAUCUGGAUUACUUGGAAAGUUGGAAUGUCCAUGCUCUUCUUGGAUGGAUGUGCCUCUCUGCAUUUCUUUUCUAGAAUGUGCCCCAGCUUCUCCUUCUUGUAUUUUUCCAGAAGAAAUAAUCUGAUCCGUCCUUGCCCUGCCAUUCUGCAUAUCCUCAGCAUUCAUUGCUUUUUCAUUCUUCAUGACUUUUGCUCAGUGUUCAAUUUCCAACAUGUUUCAACAUAGAAACCAUGAUGAUUUCGCAACUGUGGCAGGGUUUGCUUUCAUUUACAUGGAAGAUGAACGAGAUGCUGAGUAUGCAAUCAGAAGGCUUGAUAGAACUGAAUUUGGUAGAAAGGGACGUCGGAUUCGUGUUGAGUGGACUAAGCAAGAACGUGACAGUAGAAGGUCAGGUGGUGAUUCCAGAAAACCUUCAUCUAAUUCAAGGCCAUCCAAAACAUUGUUUGUUAUUAAUUUUGAUCCAGUUCACGCCAGGACAAAGGAUCUGGAGAGACAUUUUGACCCUUAUGGGAAAAUUUUAAAUAUAAGGAUCAGAAGGAAUUUUGCUUUUAUUCAGUAUGAAUCACAGGAGGAUGCUACUAGAGCUUUGGAGGCGACCAACCUGAGCAAGUUUAUGGACCGUGUUAUCACGGUGGAGUAUGCCAUAAGAGAUGAUGAUGACAGAGAUAGAAGGAACGGAUACAGUCCUGAAAGAAGAGCUCAUGACUCGCCUGAUGGGAGAUAUGGUCGUGGUAGAUCGCCCAGUCCAUAUCGUAGAGGUAGUGGUAGCCCAGAUUAUGGUCAUGGAUCAAAUCCAUCUUCCCGACCAGAAACAAAAGGAAGCCCCAAGUAUGAACGAGCUGAAAGUCCGAUAAAUGGGAGAUAUGAUAGCCGGUCUCCACCACCCCGAGAAAGGUCACGUUCUUGAGGAAAAGCUGUAGACUGUGAAAUUGUUGUUAGACCAUUUUAUUUUUAUUUUAGUCCAUAGUUUGGCAGCAAAAACUCAGACUUAGUUAUGUAUUUAUUGUUAUGUUUGGUUAGAACCUUAAAUUGAUAAAGACAUUCUAGAUGUUAUUAAAUGUGUUGCAUGUCAAAUUAUGGAUUUUUCUUCUGCUGAAAAA